GGAUGUCAUCUUAUAAAGACGCAGUGUCAUAUUUUAAAGACAGAUUGUGGUGCCGAAUGUGUCGAUCUUGCAUAGAAAUCAUGUUGGUGCACCAUUGCAUUGCAGGAAAGCCAGAAAUCAAGUCUGUCCAAAAACUUCCUGAGGACCUGGAGAAAGAUACAACCCACAGCUAUGGGCCAGAUUCCUUUAAAUUGCACAGAGAGCUUCCAGCUCCAGUUCCUGGAUUGGUCCUAGGUUUGCUUGGACCUCACGGUAUUGGGAAAACAACCGCUCUCAAAGCUUUGGCUGGGCUACUCAAACCCAAUCUUGGCCGCUUCAAUGAUCCUCCGGAUUGGCCAGAAAUUCUGACUCACUGCCAUGAUCAAUAUCUUAAAACCUACUUCACCAAGAUUGUAGACAAGAAACUAAAGGUCGCUUUUAAGCCACAACAUUUUCAAGGCCUAAGAGGCGAAAUGAUCAAAGUCGAGGAGUUGCUUAAAAGCUUCAACGAGAGAGAUAAGAUGGAGGAGAUAUGUGAUGCUCUAGAGUUGAACAAAUUCCGGGACCUGAGGCUCCACACUCUGUCUCCUGGAGCGCUUCACAGGGUUGUUAUCGCCACCGUUGCCUUACAGAAAGCGGAUGUGUACAUAUUUGACGAGAUGUCGAAUUUCCUCGAUGUGAGUCAGAGAUUCAAGGCUGCCCAACUUAUACGUUCUCUCAAAAGUCCUGACAGCUUCGUGAUUGUCGUGGAGAACGACCUUAGUGUCCUUGACUAUAUGUCGGAUUACAUUUACCAUCUGUAUGGGAAACCUAAAGCAUGUGGUGUCGUUGCUCACAAGCCCUGCAAUGUCAGCUCAGGAAUCGACGGUUUCCUGUUUGGGUUUAAUCCCAAAGAAGACAGGCGUAUCAGGGGUGAAUCGAUGAGGUUCGAGGUUGCUAGGACUGUUCACUAUGACCAUUACCACAACAAGAACUAUUCCUUCUUUAGAAGUUACACUUAUCCAAACAUGACUGUAAGUCACAGCGCAAGUCAUUUCAAGCUGGAAUUGAUUGGAGGGGAAUUCUUUGACGCUCAGAUUCUUGUAGUGCUGGGAGAGAGCGGUACAGGGAAGAGCACCUUCCUCCAAAUGCUGGCCGGUAGGCUGCAACCUGACAAGGUAGAAGGUGUAGAGCCGUGGAGCAUAGACUAUGUGGCGUCAUACAAACCGCAGGAAAUUGAGUUGGAGAGGGAGUGCACAGUCAGAGAAUUGCUAGAGAGGGAAGAUACUCGUUCGUAUAUGCAUCGUGACUUUGUAUCAGAUGUGAUGAAGCCGCUUCAGAUUGAGCCGUUGCUGGAUCAAAAAGUGGGCUCACUCUCUCCUGGAGAAAGGCAGAUGGUUGCCAUAACUCUCUGCCUCGCGGAAGACGCGGAAUUGUUCCUGAUCGAUGAGCCAUGUGCGUAUCUGGACGCAGAUGCGCGAAUCAGAGUUGCAAUGGCCAUAAGGCAUCACAUUUUGCGCGAACAUAGAGCCGCGGUUAUUGUGGAGCAUGACUUUUUGAUGGCGUCCUAUUUAGCAGACCAUGUGAUCGUGGUUGAAGCAACGUCAUCUCCUUGCUGCUACUCCUCCAUGCCCACGUCACAGAGGACUGAACCUUUUUUCGAAGAAGCUGGAUAUCACAUUCCGACUGAAUCCGAGAACCUUCAGUUCCACACCAAGGGUCAACAAAUUAGGGUCGGUCCAGGACACGGUCCAGAAGCGUGCAGGCAGGUACUACGACGUGUGGGG